CCGUGCGGCCCGGGCAUGCCCAGUGCGGGCGCAGCGGCCCCGGCCCUGGAAGCGCCCCGGCGGAGCUGGCCCGCGGUGGGCUAGGGGCAGGGCUGGAGUCACGGCGGCGGAGCUGCGGAUCCUUCAUGAUGAGAGAUUUGGGGACACUUCUCUCUCCUGUGUGUAGUUGAUAGUUUGGUGGUGAAGAGAUGGCUGACAGUGUCAAAACCUUUCUCCAGGACCUUGCCAGAGGAAUCAAAGACUCCAUCUGGGGUAUUUGUACCAUCUCAAAGCUAGAUGCUCGAAUCCAGCAAAAGAGAGAGGAGCAGCGUCGAAGGGCAAGUAGUGUCUUGGCACAGAGAAGAGCCCAGAGUAUAGAGCGGAAGCAAGAGAGUGAGCCACGUAUUGUUAGUAGAAUUUUCCAGUGUUGUGCUUGGAAUGGUGGAGUGUUCUGGUUCAGUCUCCUCUUGUUUUAUCGAGUAUUUAUUCCUGUGCUUCAGUCGGUAACAGCCCGAAUUAUCGGUGACCCAUCACUACAUGGAGAUGUUUGGUCGUGGCUGGAAUUCUUCCUCACAUCAAUUUUCAGUGCUCUUUGGGUGCUCCCCUUGUUUGUGCUUAGCAAAGUGGUGAAUGCCAUUUGGUUUCAGGAUAUAGCUGACCUGGCAUUUGAGGUAUCAGGGAGGAAGCUUCACCCAUUCCCUAGUGUCAGCAAAAUAAUUGCUGACAUGCUCUUCAACCUUUUGCUGCAGGCUCUUUUCCUCAUUCAGGGAAUGUUUGUGAGUCUCUUUCCCAUCCAUCUUGUCGGUCAGCUGGUUAGUCUCCUGCAUAUGUCCCUUCUCUACUCACUGUACUGCUUUGAAUAUCGUUGGUUCAAUAAAGGAAUUGAAAUGCACCAGCGGUUGUCUAACAUAGAAAGGAAUUGGCCUUACUAGUUUGGGUUUGGUUUGCCUUUGGCUUUUCUCACAGCAAUGCAGUCCUCAUAUAUUAUCAGUGGCUGCCUUUUCUCUAUCCUCUUUCCUUUAUUCAUUAUCAGCGCCAAUGAAGCAAAGACCCCUGGCAAAGCGUAUCUCUUCCAGUUGCGCCUCUUCUCCUUGGUGGUCUUCUUAAGCAACAGACUCUUCCACAAGACAGUCUACCUGCAGUCGGCCCUGAGCAGCUCUACUUCUGCAGAGAAGUUCCCUUCACCGCAUCCGUCGCCUGCCAAACUGAAGGCUGCUGCAGGUCACUGAGUUGCCUGCCAUCCAAAGGGGAUGGGCGGGAUUGGAAGAAGCUGUGGCAGCUCUUUUCCCUGUUCACCUCCCCCCUGCCAGGGAAGGCAGGACCCACUCUGCCAAGGGCCCUCUGUGUAUUCCCUUCUCUCUGAGGAAUUGAAAUUUUUGUCUCUGGUGCACGUAAGGCAGAAUGUUCCCUGACACCAGUGUGUGGAUUUUUAACAUCACCGUGAGUCUGAAAGGACCACAGGUUUUUCUGCAGCUAUUUUCUAGCAUUUGCCAGUCCCUGUGCCUGGACUGAUUGGAACACUUUGUUUUUCUCCCUGUGCCAUUUACCCUUCCACCUUUCCAUCCUGCCUUCUACCACCCUUGGAUGAAUGGAUUUUGUAAUUCUAGCUGUUGUAUUUUGUGAAUUUGUUAAUUUUGUUGUUUUUCUGUGAAACACAUACAUUGGAUAUGGGAGGUAAAGGAGUGUCCCAGUUGCUCCUGGUCACUCCCUUUAUAGCCAUUACUGUCUUGUUUCUUGUAACUCAGGUUAGGUUUUGGUCUCUCUUGCUCCACUGCAAAAAAAAAAAAAAAAAAAAGCCUGAAGAGAUGAGAUAGGAGGAAAGACCUCACAGCCAGAUCUGCUGGGUUUUGAGGAGUGAUUUUCUUUCUUCCCCUUGAAGGGGAAAAAGCUAUUUUCACUGGUACAUUUAAAGUCCCCCAACUAUGGGGAGGUACCAAUUCUGGACAAGUGCCACUGCAACAACACUAAACCUGAACUUUUCAACUCCGUUGGUGGUGGGAGGCAGCGGGCAGAAAUUUACUGUUGGCCACUGCCAGGUCUGUUUGAUAUUUCAAAGGAAUAUUGGGUGCUGCACAUAGGAACUGAAGGGGUAAAUGUAUUAAACCUGUGAUUGGUUGUUUUCCUGUCAUUUUGAGAGACUAAAUAUGGGGGGCAGAUGUCAAAAUACUUGUACAAUUUUAAAAUGUCACAAUUAAACGUGAGCUGGUUUCCCACAAAAAAAAA